AUGGCUGAAGAUGUUAUUGUAAGCAUGGGUAGUCUGAAGUUAACGAAUGAAGAGGCAGAGGAGAUUCAAGUCUCUGAUGAGGGAAGGAUGGAUGAAAUUGAUAGUUGUGUUUUGAGCUUGAUAGGGAAAUUUUUAACGUGCAAGCCCUUUAAUAGGAAGGCGGCAAAAAACACGUUGCGUAGAGCGUGGGGGCUUGACAAGGAGUUGCAGAUCUCUGAGGUGGGAAACAAUCUGUUUCAAUUUAAGUUUCAGUCAGAGUACGAUCUUGAACGGAUAUUGAGGGGAGGGCCAUGGACUUUCGACAACCAGCUUUUGAUGCUCACUCGGUGGAAGUCAGGCAUGAGUGCAAACAAUGUGGUCUUAGAACACGCAUCUUUGUGGGUCCAAAUUUGGGGGGUGCCUUUCAACAUGAUGUCUCCAAGCGUGGCGAGGGAGGUGGGAAAUAAGAUGGGAACAGUGGAGGAUGUGGAGCGUCGUCGGCGUAUGGAUGAACAAAAUUUUUUCUUGAGAGUUUGGGUGGCUCUACCUAUAUCCAAACCGCUGAGGAGAGGUGGUUUUUUGCAAGGUUCAUACGGCAAGCGCCAUUGGGUCACGUAUAAGUACGAAAGGAUGCCAUUGUUCUGCCAUUACUGUGGGUUUCUCGGUCACGAUAUCCAUCACUGUCCGGCGCACUUUUCAGCGUCGAAGAUGGAAAAAUCUAUUGAUUACCAAUACGGAGAUUGGCUGAAAGCAGACAGUGGCUGA